UAUCCCGUUAAGAACAGAUGGUAUAACGUCAUACCAUCAGUUCACCUGCCCCGUGUUGCGGGGGUGGCAGCAAGCGGCAGCGGCACACAAAUCAACACCGUUGUCGCUCGCAAUGGAAGGCCAACAGAUCGGCCAUGAGCAAGGGUCACACGAAGGAUCGGAAAGGCGCACUUUCUCACAGAUCCAUAAGCACACGACUUUGGCGCUACCAACAAGGACGCCACCUUAACGAACUCAACAUCAGGCACCCUAGUGUCAGAGCCAAAUUCUGCGCUCCUCUUGCUGUCUCUUACAAGUCUUCUCCAAAGACCACUGUCAUUACGUCACUCUGCUUCGGGUCAUCCCUAGCGCUGGUAACCACGACUGUCAUAGAGAUGGACAAAGCCUUGCCAAGGACAGUCUUGCAGUCAGAAUCUGCAGGGUGGAGGCGUCAAGUAAGCUUCCGUGGUAGGACAGGUUAGACCCACAAGUCAGGCGCAACAUUCUGCCUAUGUUCAGCUCAUGAUCUUGAGGGAAGAUGCUCUUACAUGCUCCACACCGUACCGGAGACUUCGAGCGGCACGCCCAUGUUUUGAUUUGCGCAUGCUUUUCUAAUAUACACUGAUGUAAUUUAGAGAUGUUCAAUAACCC